UCUUUCGUUUUAUUCUUCUUCUUCAUCAUCUUCCUCUUCCUUUCACCGUCCUCCUCCAAUGAAAAUGUCCAGCCUUUGAGUGGAAUGGCCUAAUUCUACCAUUUUUCUUUUCGGGUUGGCUUUGGGACGAAAAAGGACCCAGACUGCGAAAAAGAAAACAAAAUAAAAUAAAAAAAUGGAGAGCAGUUUGAAGACCCAGAUGCCCAUUGAAGAUUCUCGCAUGAAAGACCAGUCUUUUGUUGAGCUGGAAUCUGGGAAUUUCGGGUGUUCGCAUUAUAGGAGGAGGUGCAAGAUCAGAGCACCAUGUUGCAAUGAGAUAUUUGAUUGCAGGCAUUGCCAUAACGAAUCCAAGAAUUCACUUGAUGUUGAUCCUCUUGAUCGUCAUGACAUUCCUCGCCAUGAUCUCAAAAGGGUGAUCUGCUCCUUAUGUGACACAGAACAAGAUGUUCAGCAGCACUGUAUCCAAUGCGGGGUUUGCAUGGGGAAUUACUUUUGCUCUGAGUGCAAGUUUUUCGAUGACGAUGUCUCAAAAAAUCAGUACCAUUGUAAUGAAUGUGGUAUCUGCAGAAUUGGAGGCAAGGAGAAUUUCUUUCACUGUAACAAGUGUGGAUGUUGUUAUUCAACUCUGUUGAAGGAUUCUCAUAUUUGUGUGGAAAAAGCUAUGCAUCACAGUUGCCCCGUGUGUUUCGAGUUUCUUUUUGAUACAACGAGGGACAUUACUGUCUUGCCCUGUGGACACACUAUACAUUUGGAAUGCGUCAAAGAGAUGGAGCGGCAUUUCCAGUACUCAUGUCCAGUGUGCUCGAAGUCAUAUUGCGACAUGUCACGCGUUUGGGAAAAACUUGAUCAAGAGGUUGCUUCGACUCCCAUGCCCGAAAUGUAUCAAAAUAAGAUGGUUUGGAUCCUCUGCAAUGAUUGUGGCGAGAAUUCGGAGGUGAAUUUCCAUAUCGUGGCACACAAGUGCCUAAAAUGCAAGUCCUACAACACAAGGCAGACACAAGGAGGGCCUGGCUCGUGCUCAUCAAGGUUUGUGGAGAUGGUCAGAUGACCGACUAUUUUAGUCAUAAUGAAGCUUAUAAUUUAGCUUCACAUUAAGUCUCAACUAUAUUCUUUCCUUGUCGUUUCACUUAUUGUGGAGCAUUAUUCACUUGACUAAUUUCUUCACAAGCCUCAGGUUGUAACUCGUAACUUAUUACUUCCGUUUAUUCACUAAAAGACGUUUGUUUCCAAAUUUCCUUUACUUCUUGAUGAUCAUCCUCAGUAAAAUACUAGCCAAGCUUGUUUGUGCAAGUACGGUCCCGUUCAUUUCGCUGAUUCGAGUUUAGAAUUC